UUGUCUAUGGAAAACACAUGAUCCUCGAUUUUAAUCGAUGAAAAACAAAAGUGUAGAUAUAUCCUUUGGUAUGAAUAAAGGAGGAAAAAGAAAUAUUGCAACAUGAAACGUACAUUAUUUAUAUGAAGUAAUAACAUUCGAAUUCUAUUGAUAAGGCUAGUAGCAUAAUUGGUUACGUUUGUAGCUCAGUGCUAUAAGGAAUGUCGGUUCAGGUCUGAGGUUUGCGCCUGGUCACCGUGGUGACAGUUCUUCGAUACCUGAUAGUGACGCUUUCUUCUUUUCCUUGGCUUGUAUUAACUACACCUUCCGUUCAUGUUGUUUAAGUGAUUUCUAUUAAUAAAUUUGUGAUGGCACAGACACUUGUUUGUAUACAGUACUUUCUCAUCGGUGGUGCUAUUAUCAUUGGUGUGUGCGGUAUCAUAGAAAGUGUUUGCGCGGGAUAUUUUAUAUACCAGUUGUAUGAAUAUUCAUCCCUCACGUCUAGCAAUGUAUGUGGUUCAGCGAUAAUAUUGACCGUGAUGGGUUUGAUAACGUGUAUGAUAGCUUGGUGCGUUUGGCAAUUCCUAGAUUUCACAAAUAGGGGCCAAGUUAUAAUUUUUUCUGUACUGCUUAUAAUUGUUACAAUUGUUAACACGAGCGCUGGAAUUUGGGCCCUUGUUAGACAUGAACAAGUGGAUUUGUUGCCAAUAGCGCAUCUCGAACAUGUAUUUGAGCUUGCUAUAACGGACGAUAAGUCUCGUUGGGAUCGUAUGCAUUCAAAGUUACAUUGUUGUGGAAUAAACGGACCAGCCGAUUAUCGUAGUCAAAAUGCAGUUCCUUGGUCUUGUUGCGAUACUUCAUCACUUGCAAAUCCUAAUGAUGAUAAAGGCGUGUGUACUACCAUGUAUACACGUGGUUGUCAGCAUGUAGUAUUAAAUCGUACUAAAUCGAUUCUUCUUCAUAUUUUUUUGCUUGCACUGUGCUCAGUAUUAUUACAGGUCUGCUUCAUAACGUGCAUGUCAUGUUACGUAAAAGCAUGCCGAGAAAGGAUGGAAAGAAGAAAGAACAUGAUGGUCAUCUCUCAGUCACUCGAGCGAGCGUCCAAAGAUUUCGGAACAGGCGAUAAUCUUCUGAAUCAUCAAUGAAAAUAUUCAAAAACGGUGCCUGAUGCAUGAUAAUUUGAAAUUUUAUUCUCUUCAGAAGGAAUAUUUGUAUUUUGAUAUUUACUGUUUAUGCCUGUAUUCCAUUACAUAAGCACUUUCAUUUUAAUCAUUGUAGUAUUUUAUAGAGAUUGUGUGCUGUACUUUGAUAUCUUUUUUUAACGUGUUCCUUUACUUUAAAAGUGUCGUUUAUAUUGAAUAUGUUAAAUACAUAAUUCUCCAAUAUUAACAUAAAUAUCAGUAACAAAAAUAUCAUGUACAUUGCAUGGUGUUAUGAAACUAUUCAUGCCAAAAUAUUGUGCCAUUUUACAAAAUGUACCAAAUACGAAGUUCCUUAGCUGAAAGACAUUUUACAAUUAAACACAAAAAGUAAGCAAAUCAUUAUUAACAAAGAAUCAAGUAAUAUUACUAAAUAUUAUUAAUAUAUUAAUGCGAGAAAAUCAAUCUCUUAUUAUAAGAUUUAUCCUUAUACCAAGAAUGUCAGUGAUUUACACUUUGAUUAAAAAUUUGUAUACUUUUAAUAUGAACAAAAUAAACGUUU